UGUAGUUAGUUCCAUGGCUGCCCCAACUACUGACUCUGAGAAACUUAUUUGCACUGUAUUAGAAGCUGAACGACCAGAAAUCAGUCAUUUGCAUGGGAAGUCUCUUUUAGAGGCAAAUGAGUCAUUCCUCGAUAAGCAUAAAGAUUCCUUGAUGCACAGGGCAGCUGCUGCAGAAAUGCUGUAUCUUUUGGAACCCAGCAAUAAGGGCAAGGCUGUGAAAUUAAUUGAGGAUUCAAGCAACAACUUGGUGCAAAGAAAUGGAGCGCUCGGAUCAUUUAAGGAAUGGAAACUCAAGGAUUGUAUUGCGGUUCACAAGCUACUCUCCUCAGUAGUAGUUGAUAUGGAUGCUGCGUCAAGAUGGAAAUUACGUUGUGCCGAAUACUUCCUGCACUCCACGUAUUUUGAAGGAAGUCGCAGUUCUGCAGUUCUAAAGUCCUCGUACAACCAGAUUUCUAGUAAUCCUGAAAAUGGAGUCAACCAUCCUGCGGGUGGCAUAAGCAUGGAUUCUCUUGCGCCAAAUGGGAAACUGGAAGCUUUUAAGGACCUCUCUAUCCAACAAGUGGAGUUGAAAGCUUAUUUUGGGCAAUGUAAUUCUACAUUCAUCGGUAUGCAUGAGAGUUAG